AACUGACAGAAUUCGAAUUUCUUAUAAAAUAAGCCAUUUUCCGAUGGAAGUUAUGAAAAGGUUCCUGGCGGGGUUUCUCUGGCCAUUGUUCCUAUCAACCUUGAUUUGGUUGGUUAUACUCGAGGAAUUAAUGUUCUACAAUAGCACUGCCUGUGAUAAACUCAACGACUUAAUUUUUGAGCCAUAUAAGGAGAAUAUACAUGAAUUUCAAGUGGGAUUCCGUAGUCAGCGUUGGGACGACGAUCGUAUAGCAAGGCUCCUUGAGCAGCAGAUCCGUGUACAUUGCCUGGUUUAUUUGGAUGUGUCGGACUUCAAUCGGGGUCCUCGAAAGUUGGAGCACAUCCGUAGUACCUGGGGUCGGCGCUGCAAUCGCCUGUCCACCAUCAAUCUCUGGGAGAUUCCAAUAACGGAGGCCUACCGCCGCAUCUUCAGGGAGUUUCGCCAUGAGCUCGACUGGCUUCUGGUUGUCUAUCUGGACUCUUUUGUGAUUGUGGAGAACCUGCGUUACCUGCUGGCUCCCUAUUCGCCCAACCGUGCCAUUUAUUUCAAUGCCCAGCAUUCCUUGUUCGUGUACGCCCAUGUGGGUCAGAUUCCCAGCACCGAUUACAUUUUUAGUCGGGAGGCCCUGGAGCAGCUCUCUACCAGAAACUGCCUGCACGAUGAGUUUUCCCUCAAGGAGUGCCUUGGAAGAAUGGAGCAUGGUCCCAGCGAUGCUCUCGUGGAGUUCAACGUUCCGGAUGAGCUGGUACCCUUUACACUGCGCCAAAUGUUUUGGCUGUGGCCUUGCGCCUUCCAAUCCGUUUACGGAAAUCAGAGCUGGAACAGCUGCUUUGGCAGAUCAGUCCUGUUCCCUUAUGUGACGGCAGGGCAGAUGGAAGUUCUGGAGUAUGUGCUCUAUCAUCUGAGACCGUACGGUUAUGUGAAUCCCCUCUUGGAGCUAAAGUCUUUGAGAAUAGCAUCAAGACCGCCCAAUAACAUUGUGGCCCGUCACAUGUUUCAGUCCAUAAGGAUAUUGUGCCUGGUACUAACCUGGCCCAAGGAAUACAUGCACGGUGUAAAGUCUAUCAGUGAGACCUGGGGACGUCACUGCAACCGGGUGAUAUACUACAGCAAAUCCAGACUAAGUGGCGUGCAAGGAGCAGAGACCGUGGCCCUGAAUGUCAGCGAUGAACGCAAUAAGCUUUGGGGCAAGACAAAGGCCUCUUUCAGACAUGCCUACGAGCAUUAUGGCCACGAAGCCGACUGGUUCUACAAGGCCGAUGACGACACCUAUGCCAUUAUGGAGAAUAUGCGUCUGAUGCUUCGACCCUAUUCUCCCGAUACUCCCAUUUACUUUGGAUCUACCUUCAACUUAAGUUCGGAAAUUUAUAUGUCCGGAGGAGCAGGCUAUGUCCUGAGCAGGAAAGCAGUAGAGCUGUUCGUUAAUGCGACAGGUGAGAACUCAGUCUGCGAACCCGGGGCUAGUGGUACCGAGGACUUUGAAAUGGGCAGGUGCAUGGAAUUACUUAAGGUGAAAGCCGGCGAAUCUAGAGAUCUAUAUGGACGCCAUCGUUUCUUUUCGCUUUCUCUGCAGUACUUUCUCAUAGCAGAGGACAAUGAUGAAUUUUGGCUGUCUUUAUAUCUGGUUCAUAGAUGCAAAAAGGGCAGGGAGUGUUGUUCAACAUAUUCGAUUUCGGUGCACAAUGUAUCCCCGAAUGAAAUGCACUUUCUGGAAACAGUUUUGUAUGAAUCGCGACCUUAUGGCCUCAUUGCUGGACAUCCUCCGUCAAGGAGUUCGCGAAAGAAGAGGUCACAGUCAGGGCAUUUGUGAUAUAUUUUUGCUAUAUACCUUAAUAUAAUGAAAUUCAAUAUUUUCUUA